GAAGUACUUAAUCAUUAGCUAGCAUGAUUAACAUGAUUACAUUUCCAGUGAAGCUACCGCAGCGUCAUCGCUUCCGCGGCAGAUUGCGCGCAGCCGCUGCUCUCCUCCACCUGCUAGCUCUUGGUGCGGCAACGGCGAGGGCGCACGCGAUUCCGACGUCGUGCUGCGGCAUGUUCGAGGGGCUGGACAUGGUGCCGUGCCUGCAGGACGCCGCUGGCGGGAACAUCAGCGGCGCCUGCUGCUCGUCGCUGAACCAGGCGCUCGACGCCGGCCGGCGCUGCCUGUGCUCGCUGCUGCUGUCGUCGAGCGGCGGCGGCGUCCGCGUGCUGGCCGGUCUCGCCGCGGCGCUCCCCGCGCUCCCGCUGGCGCUGCCGCUACCCGGAUGCCUCCUCUAUGCGCCGCCUCUCGCGUCUUGCCAAGUGCCGGUGCAGGAGCAGACGGAUGCGGCACCGGCGGCGGCAGCAGAGGCGGCCACGGCGAGCGUGACCACCGUGGAUUCACCACCACCUCAGGCCGCCGUGAUGUCGCCAUCCACAAAGUCAAAGAAGAGAAGCGCCGACGGGAAGGCGGCUGCUGACAAUGGCGAUGGCGGGGCAGAGGAGCACACCAGCCGCAGCGACGCACACCGGCGUGACCGGCGUACCAACGCCGGUGAGGGGAUCAGAACAAACUUCCCGACGGUUGUGGUGGCCAUGGCUGCAUUUUGGUUCAAUUACAUGAUCAAUUAACAGGCUUGUGGCUGCAAUGUUUCAAGUAAAUAGUAGUGAAUGUACUAUACUCCCUUUGGUCAUUGAACAUCAACAUGUCAUCGGAAAUAAAACCAUGACCACUCAUUUUUGUCGGUAGUAUAAUUUUUCUAAAAGACGCAGGAAUUAAUAGAGUAUAUGCAAGCAUCUAGCGAGAUGAAUCUAAAUAUGCAAGCAUCAAGCUAAAUAUAUGGAAAACAUCGCUACCCAAAGUUCAAU